CAUCGGAGUCUCUCGGCGUGAUCGGUUGAACGACAAUUUUUCUGCUGCUUGGAUAUUAUGAUUUUUUGUGUUAUUAAAACCGGAUGGUAGCAACCAUUCAGGACCGUGAAGUAUUGUGCGUGCGUGAGAGGAAGUGAUGUUUGGAUUACGCUUCCGAAGUGACCAAUCAUCGAGUAAAAAAAUCCUCUCGGUUGUGUAUACUGCUACAAAAAAUUACGAAUUUAUCGAUGCGAUCAGCAACUAUAAUAUGCUAGUAUAAUAGCACGAGAGGUACUGUGAAUGGAGGAAAAUGAGUUUAAAAAGCAACUUGGAGUGUUGUGUAACGUGAAGUGAUAAUCUUAAUUGGGUAGUGAAUCAAAAUCACGCUUGCGCAAUUAAACCUGGAAAUAGUAAAUUAUUUAGGCAGUUCCAAUGGAAAAGAAAUUGCCACCCAAAAUCAGCAUGGGAUGUAGCCGGGAAAAAACAAACCAUGAUGACAAGGUGUGAAAAUCAAUGCUAUACUGUGAAAGAGGCGUGUACGAGUGUGUGAAUGUGUAACCAUCAUGAAGCCGAUUACUUUCGAAUCAAUCCGGAAUUUGCUCAAAACCAAGAAAAAACAGAAAGAUAAAUCCAGCAUCGAUCAGAGCUUCAAGCGGAGUGAUUCGUUCAAGCGUAUCAGCAUACGGAAAAGCUACUUGGAGCGUGGACGGAAACGCAAUGCCGCUGCAGUUCUACGAAGCUCCACAAAGAAUCUUGUUAACAUCAAUGAGUUCGAAAACCAGGCCAAGGUGAUCAAGCAACCGGAAAAGCUAGUUAAAUCAUCUGGCAACAAUGAAGCCAGCAGCUCUUCGGUUCCAAAAGAGGUACCUUCCCGCCCAAUUCAUGAGCUUACAUUUGAAGAGAAGCUGGAGUCAAAUGAUGCAUCCCUGGAUGAGAAAAUUCGCGCCCUUCAGGAAAUCAACGAUCGCUAUAUUAGCGAGAACCAAAAUCUUGUCGAGCAAAACUUUGAGGCUAUCAAACAUGUCGAGAAGGUUAAAAUCAAGAAGCCACCGCGACCCUCGAAACAGGGUCUCAAAAAGGCACGGGAAACCGAAGUGCAAAUCACGAAUCCAUCAGAUCUCAAAGCAAAAAGUUCAGAAUCUAUCAAUACGCUUACCUCCAACGAUACGAUCGAGUCGAACUCUCGUGCUAAAAACAUUUCUCACGUUAGUAUCACCGCUUCGGACGUAAUUCCCGAAGAAGAUGAAAGUACAAUUUACUCUUACGAACCGGAAACUCAAUCGACUAGUCGAAAGGCGGAAGACACCGACGACAAAUCAUUCUACAGCAUCAGUACCUUCACUAUAGAAAGUAACACUAUGAAUACCACGAAUGCUUCUUCCAGGAAGUCCUUCCGUAGUAGCUUCAGUACGUCGACAAAAACCACCGAGCUUCCAACAUUGGUAACAAUUAAAACUUAUUGCGAACCGAAUGCCUGCAUCCAAUCAACAACCCACGUUAACGAACGGUAUCUCGAGACCAGUUUUGACAGCUACCCGGAGGAUACUCUCACACACAAUGUGUCCAAAUCCGAUAUACUAGUAGCUAAAUCGUUUAGUUUGAACAAAGCGGCGAUUUCCAGUAACAAAGCCAAUAAUGAAACCAAAACAUCUUCUUUAAAAGAUGUUCGACCCAAAAUCAACACGCAAACUUUCAAAAUGAUCCGAAGUAAAUCUCGGGAAGGAAUCGUCAUUCGAAUCCCAGCGAUCGAUAGUGAUCUGAAUUCCCGGGAAACGAAUAAAACUGAGUUUAGCAGGAAAGAAACAGAGAACCUCAACCGUCAGCUUAGCAAUGAUUCAGCCUUAGACUUGAUAGAUGUUGAUAUUAAAGUGGACGAAAAAGAUAUGCGCAAUAAAGCGGUCGAGUUGAAAAACCAGAAAAACAAAUACAAAAAGAAAUUGAAGAAAGCAGCUGGAAAAACUGCAACUUUGGAUAUCGAUGACUGUCGGAAUCAUACUUUCAAAAGCCACGAAAAUUUUGAACUUGAACGAGGCUGUCCAUCGAAGGAACGACCGGAACCUAAGUUUAUCUUUCCUAGCAAGUACUUCGAGGAAGAAAAUAACAUCUUCUACGAUCAGACGGUUUACGACGAAAUGGAAGUUCCGUCUCCAGAGAACAGCAUUCCGUACGCUUUACGGAUUAAGGAGAAUCCCUUUACCAAAAAUAAAGAAUUCUAUUCCAUCAAUACCGGUAGAAUAUGGAAACAGCUGAAUCUGGGCCAGGAAGAAGAUCUGUCGAUCCUUUCAGCAACUCCCCGACUUCCAGUUCCUAAAACAAAGAAUGAAUCAUUCAAAUCAAUGUCUUCUAGGGAUUCGGGAUUCAGCUUGACUUUGACGAAACCGAAGAAUCUGUUUCGUCGAAAAUCGAAAAAAGCGACCUUGUUGCAACGAAGGAAACCCAAGCUGGCCGUCAGCAAGGAUGGCUAUUUCAAGCGAGUGAUGGUGGUGCAACGGAAUUCUUCAAAGCGGAAGCGCUCUCUACGGAAGGCUCGAAUGCAGAGCAAAGAUAUUUUCCGAGAGUUGUACGACGAAAAUUGGGUGAAGCUUGGUGAUGGCUUUGCCGAUCAACCGGCACCGGAUUUUGCCCGAGACUUUGAGAACUUUUGCAACAAUCGACGAUAUAAUCAGCGGAUUGAUGAUCUGGAAGCGUUCUACGAAGAGCAUCUGAAACGACUGAGGCAUUAUUAUAUACAGAAGAAGAAAUUGAACGAAGCGGCUAUUAAAGAGUUUUAUAAGGAUUACAACGGUGAAGAUGUGGAAGAAGGAAAUGAUUUAUACGAUUCGUUCAUGGUGUCGAGAAACGACACAAUACGGUUUAAGAAUCAUAUCCAAAGAAAAUACUUCCAGGAAAAGGAAGCGGAAAAUUCGAUGGAGUUUAUGUUUCCACAUCCUGAUAAGCGGAAGGCGAACGCGCUAGCUGCAAAACAAAAAGGGAAAGGAAAAAAACACUUGUUCCACGAGGUUCGCCCGUACGGAAGCUCUGUGGAACCGCUGAAUUCUAUGGAUCUUGCUGUAAAAGAAAUGGAGGCAGUAAAAGAACUACUGAAAUUCAAAAGGUCAUCUUCAGUUGGUUACACGGACGCCAACUUCCAGCUAUUGGCACCGACAAAAACUAACCGAGCUUUGGAUGAGUUGCAGCAUAGAAAAGAAGGCCAAGUGCGUGAAAUUUCGCUGGCCAGCGUAUUUCCUUCGGUCAAUGGAAAAGUGAAAUCGGGACAGGCAAAAAACACUGCUGAAGAGGAAGACGAUGACGGAGAGUUCAGUGAAAAUGAAUUUCUAAUUAAUAGCAUCGGUGAAAAUCUGUAUUGCAUUCGGUGUGACAAAGUGAGCAGUGAUUGUGAAUGUUAUGAUGAUACAACGGAAACGACCAAUGACAACAGUAACGACAACGAUGAAGAAGAUGAGUGCCGUGGUAAGGCCGGGGCAGGGGACGAGAAUAUGCCGGAAGAUGAUGACGAUGAAAAUUAUUGUGAUGUGCAUGAUUACAACGAUAUCAAUAUAGUGCACGUGAACCAUAAGAAAAAAGUGAAGAGAAAAAAAUCGAAAAAACGGGUGCGGAAAAAUCAUUCCACCCUGAGACGCGGCAGCUAUUGGGGUGACAUCACUCAAAAAGGAUACGAGAAAAAGAGGACAAGACUUUUGCAGCCAUAUUUAACCAAAAAUGCACAGCAAGAUAGAACAUUGCAGCAAUACCACAAAUUAGAUUUACAAAUUCUGAACGCGAUUAGCGCAAAUUUAUUCCAAUGUUAUUUUAAGGGGACCUCUACUCUCGAAUGUUCUAAAUACAGUGUCGGCACAGUUGCUCUGAAAAGUUGUUUGUUGGGCAUCAUUCUACAGAAUAAACGAAUGCACUCACAUUACAACUAUUUCUUCUGUUAUAGUUUCCUCACCGCUUGGUACGGCUGUAUGUUUCGCGGACUGGUCCCGUUACCAAUUGAGCUGCCCCUUUCCAGUUCCGAUUCCCCACCACAACAGGUAGGCUUCCUGCUAAGCUCGUGUGGAGUUCAAGUGGCGCUUACUUCGGAAGCAUGCUUGAAGGGCCUACCAAAAUCUUCCACUGGGGAAGUAGCCAAGCUCAAAGGAUGGCCUCGGUUGCACUGGUUUGUGACAGAACAUCUGCCAAAGGUACCGAAGGACUUCAACACCAAUAACAAUCGCAUUAACGAGGAUUCCAUCGCAUACAUCGAGUACACAACGGACAAGGACGGUAGUGUUAUGGGAGUUACGGUCACACGUCAGUCGAUGAUCAACCAUUGUCGAGCGCUGACAAUGGCAUGCCAUUAUACCGAGGGGGAAACUAUAGUAUGUGUGCUGGACUUUAAACGAGAAGUCGGACUGUGGCAUAGCAUUCUGACGUCGGUACUCAACGGCAUGCACGUGCUUUUCAUUCCGUAUGCUCUGAUGAAGCUAAAGCCAUCAUCUUGGAUGCAGCUUAUUACAAAAUACCGCGCCUCGUGUUGCCUAGUAAAGAGUCGUGAUCUACACUGGGGUCUACUGGCAACCAAAGAUCACAAGGAAAUCUCACUUUCUUCUCUACGAAUGCUCCUAGUUGCGGACGGUGCCAACCCAUGGUCUCUUUCAAGCUGUGAUCAAUUUUUGAGUGUAUUCCAACCGAAGGGACUGCGAGCGGAUGCAAUUUGUCCUUGCGCGAGUAGUUCGGAGGUGUUUACCGUUUCACUAAGACGACCAGGUCGCUCUGCAGGUGCCUACAAUCAAUCGGCAAGUGGCCGUGGUGUGCUUUCAAUGGCUGCUCUUUCUCAUGGUGUAGUACGGGUGGACAGCGAGGAUUCACUCACGUCGCUAACUUUGCAGGAUUGCGGACAAGUUAUGCCAAGUGCUACGAUGGUAGUAGUGAACGCUGAAGGUCCUCCGGUGCUAUGUAAAACGGAUCAAGUUGGUGAAAUAUGUGUAACGUCAGGGUCCACAGGAACAACCUACUUUGGACUCGAUGGCAUGACUAAUGCUACUUUCAAAGUUCAACCUCUCACAGAACCAUCCCCGGUUAAGGAAGGGGAAGUACAAACGCCAGGGAAACCUAUUGGUGAGGAAUCUUAUGUUCGCAGCGGGCUGCUUGGUUUCCUAGGUCCUGGCGGCUUGGUGUUUGUGUGUGGUUCAAGAGAUGGUUUAAUGACCGUAACUGGGCGCAAACAUAACGCGGAUGACAUCAUCGCGACCGUGUUAGCCGUCGAGCCAGUCAGAUUCAUCUAUCGAGGCCGUAUUGCAGUGUUCAGUAUCAAAGUGCUUCGAGAUGAGCGUGUAUGUGUGAUUGCCGAACAACGACCAGAUUGUUCCGAAGAAGAGUCAUUCCAAUGGAUGUCUCGCGUGCUCCAAGCAGUAGACUCCAUUCAUCAGGUAGGAAUCUACUGCUUGGCACUAGUUCCUCCCAAUCACCUGCCAAAAACACCCCUUGGAGGAAUUCAUCUCACCGAAGCUAGACGGCGGUUCCUGGAGGGAUCACUGCAUCCCGCCAAUGUGCUCAUGUGUCCACACACAUGUGUCACUAACCUACCGAAACCGAGAGAACUUCAUCACGGUUCUAUCCAACAACUUCAAAUUUCCGGCACCACACCGUCGUCGUCGACUUCGAUCAACACCGCCGGUACAGACGCCUCCGUCGGGCCGGCGUCGGUGAUGGUCGGCAAUCUGGUCCAGGGCAACCGUCUUGCUUCAGCCCAGGGACGCGACAUUGGAUUGGCGGACGAUAACGAACGAAAGCAUCAACUGAUAACUGGAGUGCUUCGAUGGCGAGCCAACUCUUCCCCAGAUCACGUCCUGUACACGCUGUUAAAUUCCAAAGGUGCUGUGGCUAAAACGCUCACAUGCUCUGAGCUGCACAAGCGAGCGGAGAAAAUUGCCGCUUUGCUACAAGAACGUGGUAAAGUAAAUCCAGGCGAUCACGUUGCCUUGAUUUUCCCGCCCGGUUUGGAUCUUAUCUGCGCCUUCUAUGGAUGUCUGUAUCUCGGUGCUGUUCCAGUUACGAUACGACCGCCCCAUCCACAGAACCUCAUUACAACCCUGCCCACCGUUCGGAUGAUUGUGGAUGUAUCUAAAAGCGGUAUCAUCCUGUCGAUUCAAAGUAUCAUUAAACUGCUCAAAUCCCGUGAGGCGGCCACUUCAAUUGACCCGAAGAGUUGGCCGGUAAUUCUGGAUAUUGAAGAUAAUCCGAAACGGAAACUAGCGGCCAUCGCCAAUAGUACACUGGAUUCUACGGCAUAUCUAGAUUUCAGCGUUUCCACCUGCGGACGACUGAGUGGAGUUAUAAUUACACAUAGAUCUCUUUCAAGUUUGUGUGCCAGCUUGAAACUAGCCUGUGAAUUGUAUCCUAGUCGCCAUGUGGCACUUUGCCUUGACCCGUACUGUGGUCUGGGUUUCUCCAUGUGGACAUUAAUAAGCGUUUAUAGCGGCCAUCAUUCAAUUCUGAUAGCACCGUACGAAGUUGAAGCUAAUCCCAGUCUGUGGCUAAGUACAUUAUCACAGUACCGUGUCCGUGACACGUUUUGCUCAUACGGAGUGAUCGAGUUGUGCACAAAAGCCCUAAGCAAUUCCAUCCAGAUGCUAAAGCAGCGCAAUGUGAAUCUUGGAUGCGUUCGAACCUGUGUGGUGGUUGCUGAAGAGCGUCCCCGUGUGCAGCUGACGCAACAGUUCUGUAAACUGUUCCAGGCAUUGGGCCUCAACACUCGCUGCGUGUCGACUUCGUUCGGUUGCCGCGUAAAUCCAGCUAUAUGUGUACAAGGUGCCAGUUCGGCCGAAAGUGCACAGGUUUAUGUUGAUCUACGAGCACUGCGUAACAAUCGGGUAGCACUCGUUGAGCGAGGUGCUCCAAACUCACUCUGUCUGGUGGAGUCUGGUAAACUACUACCAGGCGUCAAGGUUAUAAUUGCCAAUCCAGACAGUAAAGGUCAAUGCGGCGAUUCGCAUCUAGGAGAGAUAUGGGUACAAUCGUCCCACAGUUCAAACGGUUACUUUACAAUCUACGGAGAUGAGACCGAUUACAACGACCAUUUUAACGCAAAACUGGUCACAGGAUGCAGCAUUAGUGAUACAUGGGCUCGAACGGGAUACCUUGGAUUUCUGAGACGCACCGAGUGUUCACAGGCUGGUUCGAUACUAGACGAAACCACUCCCAGCAUCGCUAGUCGAGAUUCGGACAAUGAAUCGAUUCACUCGCAGGGUCACAACACGCUGAAUUCGACGACGAGCUCCAACGCGGGCAACACAACGAUUGGUGGCAGCGGAAACGAGCAGGAGUUGCAUGACGCGGUAUAUAUUGUUGGUGCGCUCGAUGAAGUCAUCACACUACGCGGCAUGUACUACCACCCCAUUGAUAUCGAGAACUCCGUGCUGCGCUGCCACAAGAAAAUUGCAGAAUGUGCAGUUUUCACAUGGACGAAUCUACUAGUGGUAGUGGUAGAAUUGGACGGCAAUGAAUCUGAAGCAUUAGAUUUGGUGCCAUUGGUGACCAAUACUGUUCUAGAGGAACAUCAGUUGAUCGUAGGUGUUGUUGUUGUUGUGGAUCCUGGAGUGGUUCCUAUCAACAGCAGAGGAGAGAAGCAACGCAUGCACCUGCGAGAUGGAUUCCUAGCUGAUCAGCUUGAUCCCAUCUAUGUUGCUUACAAUAUGUAAGCUGAGUCAGCAAAACAGACAACCAAAGGCUAACAAAUCGUGUACUGUGCCUCUCAUUCGUUUAAUUUUUAAGUGAUGCCUAGAUGCCACCAACCUGGCGAGCAUCGGUGAUACUAUUGCCAACUUACAAACGAAGAGCUGUAAGAGGAAGAAAAUUAACGCACAUCACAUACACACCCAUAUAUGCCUAUAAACGUUGUAAAGCAAACGAUUGCUAAACUACAAAAAGAUCGCAAAAACAGGCAAAUAAGUAUGAUCUAACCUCUUUCAUUAGAAAACGAGGUACAUUUUACAACAGAACAUUUUCUCAAAUUUUCACUGUAAAUAUUCUGUACGUCGUUUGGACAAGGAAAAUUAAUGAUUUUCCCUACAAUUAGGAAUAACGAUUCGAGUUAUCAAUCGUUUCCUUAGUGAUUUUGUGUAUUCGUCGGUUGGAAUUUACAUUGAGCUUAAUUGACGUAGGUCUUCGUUAGGUCUAAUAUAGACAGGGAGCAAUGAACCCACUAAAAUAAAACAAAAUACUAUGAAGAUGUAGAAUGUGUAUAUUGAUUUUGUGCGCACAAGCUUUUUAUAACCGUUUAUUUUGACAAUUAUUUUCAGUAUUGAAAGUUUCUUUUUGUAAAUUUCAUAUUUCAUUAAACACGCGAUAAAGGAAGUAUGAAAAGUAACGAUCGAUGCAUUAUUGUUUUUAACUUCAUAAUCUAGUCUUUUUAUUUUUUCUGUGUAUAUUUUACUACGAAUGGUUCUACCUAUUUGUUUGCAUAAAGUAAGUUGUAAACUGUAAGCAGAUUUUAGUUGUGAUUAUUGCUUUUAUUUGUAAAUUGUGAAUAUUUUUACGCCGUAACCUGUCGGAUCUCUGUUCCUUAACAUCACUUCUAAACCUACGAUUGUCAUCAUCAUUCCCUAGAAUUAACCAAGCAGUUAGAUGUCCCUCCAACACUCUUCCAAAAAAGUCAUCGAAAUUCAUCGAAACUAU